AUGAAGGUGUUGUGCCUCCACGGCAAAGGCACCAGCGGCGCUAUAUUCAAGUCCCAGACGGCAAGCUUUCGCUCUCACCUCAAUGACCUCGACAUCGACUUCGACUUCAUAGACGGCUGCUACCCCUCCACUGCCGCAGCGGGAAUCGACCUCUUCUACCCCGCCCCCUACUACUCCUUCUGGGAAGAUGAUUCUCCCGAGGCAAUCACCAAAACCUGUACCUGGCUGAAGGGCCUCAUCGCAGAACGGGGCCCCUACGAUGCGGUGAUGAUGUUCUCGCAGGGCUGCGCCCUCGGCACCGCGAUGCUCCUCCUCCACCAAGCGCAGGACCCCACGCAGCCUCCGCCGUUCAAAGCGGCGAUCUUCAUCUGCGGCGGGCCGCCACUGAAGCUACUUGAGAGCAUAGGGUUUGAGGUUUCUGACGCAGUAAAGGAGCGCGAUCGGGCCGGGAGGGAGGCGUUGGCGACGCAGGCUCAUUCUGCGUCGAUAUUGGCGAGGGGGUCGGCGCGUUGGAUGGGUGAUGCGUCGAGGGGUGGGGCGGUGGAUGAGGAGGAGCUUCGGGGGGCGAUCCGGGGCCCGUUUACGGUGGGGGUUCCGACGGUGCAUGUUUAUGGGUCUAAGGAUCCGAGGUAUGCGGCUGGGGUGCAGCUUUCGGGGAUUUGUGAGCCGGGAAAGAGGAGGGUGUUUGAUCAUGGGGGCGGGCAUGAGAUUCCCCGGACGGAUAGGGUGAGUCGGACCAUUGCGGAGUUGGUAAGGUGGGUGCUACUGGAGGCGUCUGCAUAG